AUGAAAAUGCAUCUCAGUUGGAUUGAUUAUGGAGUUUCAAGUAUAGUUUUAAUUUUAUCUGGCGGUAUUGGUAUUCACUAUGCAUGUAAACGAUCAAAACCAACAUCAACAAAAGAAUAUCUUAUUGCCGAUGGUCAAAUGAAGAUAUUACCAACAGCAAUGAGUCUCUUAGCAAGUUUUACCUCUGCAAUAUCUCUACUUGGUACACCUGUAGAGAUCUACUAUUAUGGAACAAUGUAUGUCUAUUCUAUAUUUGCUUGGUUAAUUGCAACGUUGGUAACAGUGAAAUUUUUUAUACCUAAAUUUCAUUAUGUUGGAAGUGUUAGUAUUUAUGCUUAUUUCGAAAAACGAUUUUCACUAGCAGUUCGGAUUUUGAUCACUUGCGACUAUAUCUUAGUAACAAUUCUUUAUAUAUCUGUGGCUCUUUAUGGACCUUGUUUAGCAGUUAGCCAAGUGACUGGAAUUAACAUUUGGAUGGCACUUGUGACUUGUGGAGUCAUUUGUACGAUUUAUACGAGUAUUGUCUGUUUAAUCGAUAUUGGUGGAUUAUCAAAAGCAUUCGAUAUUCUAAGAGAUGGAAAUCGAAUACAAUUCGCAGUUAUAAAUUUCAAUCCGUCAAUACGUUAUACAAUUUGGAGUAUUCUAAUUGGUCACACAUUUGCUACUAUCGCACAAUAUGCAUGUAUUCAGACUCAAGCGCAAAGAUAUAUGUGUGUUAAAGAUACGAAAGCGGCACAAAAAGUGAUGUGGAAUGCUUAUAUAAUGAAUGUGAUAAUGUACAUGUUUUGCAUAUUCAUUGGAUGUUUACUCUAUGCAAAAUAUAGUCAAUGUGAUCCACUUCGUGCUAAACUUAUUUCACGAUCCGAUCAAAUGUAUCCGUUGUUUAUCAUAGAAACUUUAAGUCGUUUUCCCGGUUUACCAGGACUUUGGAUCGCUUCGAUAUUAAGCGCAACACUAAGCACAUUCUCCAGUGGAGUAAAUAGUCUUACUACGGUCAUUAUUGAAGAUAUUUAUAAGCGAUUAGCAAAAAAACGUUCAACAUCUGCUGAUCGAGAACUCAUCAUCUCUAAAGUCUUGUCAACAGCCAUUGGAUUUUUGAUCAUAUUGGUGACAUUCGUUGUAUCUUACACAAAAAAUAACAUAAUUACAAUUGUUAUACGAAUCAACGGUACAUUUUCAUCUCCGAUUCUUGGUGCUUAUUUACUCGGGUUUUUUUCAUCACGAGUUAAAAGUCGAAGUAUUUUGGCUGCUAUCUGUCUUUGUUUUAUAUUUCAAACCUUCAUACUUGUUGGUUCAAUGAUUACUGUCCCACCGACAGAUCAGCAUGGAGGGCGUUUACCGACAUCCGUUAAUAAAUGCGUACCAUCAGUUAAUGAUACGAUGCCCCUGACAAGAAAUCAACGACUUAGUUUAUUAGAAUCAUUGUUUUCAAUAUCUCCUCUUUGGUUUAAUUUUAAUGGUACAAUUAUGAUGAUUAUAUCUGGAUUAAUCUUUACAUUUAUUUUUGAUUCAAAUGACACGAAGGAAAUCGACCGAUCAUUAUUAGUGUCCCGAAAGAAGAUUGUUUCUUGUCAACAAACUAUGGAACGAUCGGAUACACAUCAUAAUGGUGAAAUUUUAUUGACCGAUGUCGUGAUUGAAGAAGAGAAUUGA